CGGCACUUUCGUUGCGACGCCAGCAACGGGCAAAGCUGCGAACAAGGGAAAUAUCACCGGAUCCACGGACGUGAUUUAUAAGAAAGACCUCGCCCAUAAACGUGCGAAGUUUUUCUCAUCCCGUCUUGUGUUGCUUUUUCCUUCCUUCCCCAUACUACCCCCAGACUGCAUCCCACAUUUGACGUCAUGUCUUCAGCCCAGCAGCGUCUUACUCAAGUUUCCUCCCACUUUGGCUCAGGUAGCCAGAAGGGAGCCGCCGCCCUCACCCAGAAGAACCCCGAUGAUAUCGUCGUGACCUGUGCCCUGCGCACUGCCCUGACCAAGGGUGGCAAGGGUGGUUUCAAGGACACUGCUGCCGCUGAUCUCCUGGCUGGUGUCUUCAAGGCUGUCAUCCAGAAGAGCGGUAUCGACCCCAAGUACGUCGAGGAUGUUGCCGUUGGCUCCGUCCUGCCUCCCGGUGGUGGUGCCACUGAGUUCCGUGCUGCUGCCCUCGUUGCUGGCUUCCCCGAGACCACUGCCGUCAAGGCCCUAAACCGUCAGUGCUCUUCCGGUCUCCAGGCUGUCGUCGACGUUGCCAACGCCAUCAAGUCCGGCAUGAUCGAGGUCGGUAUUGGUGCUGGCGUUGAGAGCAUGAGCUCCCAGUACGGUCCUGGUGCCGUCACCGAGUUCUCCGAGCUCCUCGAAAACCACCCCGAGUCCGCUAACUGCAAGGUCCCCAUGGGUGUUCUGUCCGAGAACAUGGCCAAGGACCGUGGUGUCUCUCGUGCCUCCCAGGAUGCUUUCGCUGCCUCCUCCUACCAGAAAGCCGUCAAGGCCCAGAAGGCCGGUCUCUUCAAUGAGGAGAUUGCUCCCCUCGAGGUCAAGUGGACCGACCCCAAGACUGGCGAGGAGAAGACCAUCACCGUCAAGGCUGAUGACGGUAUUCGCGACGGUAUCACCGCCGAGUCCCUCGGCAAGAUUCGCCCGGCCUUUGCCAAGGACGGCUCUAUCCACGCCGGUAACGCUUCCCAGAUCUCCGACGGUGCCGCCGCCGUUCUGCUCAUGAAGCGCUCCACUGCCGAGCGUCUGGGCCAGAAGAUCAUCGGCAAGUACGUCACCGCCAGCAUUGUCGGUGUCAAGCCCCUCCUCAUGGGUAUCGGUCCCUGGGCCGCUAUCCCCGUUGCUCUCGAGAAGGCCGGCAUCUCCAAGGAUGAGGUCGACAUUUACGAGAUCAACGAGGCCUUUGCCUCCCAGUGCGUGUGGUGCAUCAACGAGCUUGGCCUGCCCGCCGAGAAGAUCAACCCUAAGGGUGGUGCUAUCGCCUUCGGUCACCCUCUCGGCUGCACUGGCUCUCGCCAGGUCAGCACCCUGUUGACCGAGCUCAAGCGUACCAACAAGAAGAUCGGUGUUACCAGCAUGUGCGUUGGUACCGGUAUGGGCAUGGCUGCCGUCUGGGUUGCCGAGUAAACGGGUUAUCUUCUUCCAUUGUACAUUGCACAGCGCCUUUUUCUUGAUGUUUGGUUUGGGUUACUUCUAUAUCCACGGAUUUCGGUGUAUUGACCACCUAUGAGGAUACCACGAGAGACUGAUCUUUCUUUUUUCAUGUAUAUUUUCCGACGUUUUUGAGGUGAAAAAUUGCUCCCAAAAUAAGAAGUAGAUUCUUUUCUUCUGUAAACUU